UUCUAGUUUACGUCUGUGUAGCUGAAGAAUAUGUUUUCAGAUCAGUCCUGAAUGGAUAGUCAUGUGAGACGAGUUUUAGUGAAAAUAGAUUUUUUAAAUUAUUUUUCGAAAUGUAUAGUUUUGGUAAUCCCAUUUUGAGACAGUAUUUAGUUAUUAUUACUGCCAACCUAGCUUUCGUGUCUAUAGGCCUGAGCGUCUCAUGGUCUUCACCAGUCCUGGUGAAGUUGAUGAAUAAGACGGAGACUAUACUGUCCAGACCUUUAACUUAUGAAGAAGGGUCAUGGAUAGUAUCUAUAGGAUCUGGGUGUGGUUUGAUAAUAAACUUCACAGUUGGAUUUCUGAUGGACAGUUUAGGCCGUAAAGCCUGUUUGAUUUUGGGUUUUGUGCCUCGAUUGGUGAUGUGCUUUCUCCUCAUAUUUGCCAAAGAAGUGUGGGUCAUAUACUUGGCGAGAGUUUUCGAUGGAUUUGCCAACGCUUGUAUCCUCGCUGCAGUCCCUACCUACUCUUCAGAAAUUGCUAGCAAAGAGUGUAGAGGUGCCUUAGGCACUAUAUCACAAAUUGCUUCUGGAUUGGGGAUGUUGAUCUUCCUCAGUAUUGGACCAUUUUUGCCAUACUUCGAGUUGCAUGUGAUCUAUGUAUGUAUUAUUGCUACCAUCUGUCUCCCAUUAUGGUUCAUACCGGAGACUCCCUAUUAUUUAUAUUCGAAAGGUCACAUAAAGAAAUCAUUGAAUACUCUAAUCUAUUUACGUGGUUCAGAGGCAUUAGCCCUUGAAGAGAUGAAACUAUACUCACUGAGUCAGCCAAAGAUAUCCAAGAGGGAGAUUUUUAGAGACCGCACAACGCUUAAGACCUUGGGCAAAGUAGUGUUCUUGAGUAUGUUUUUGGACCUGAUUGGGUAUAACGCUGUAUUAUUUUAUAUGCAAACUAUAUUGAAAUCAACACAUACAUCUGUGAGUGAACAGAUAGCUUCCGUUGUUAAUGGAUGCAUACAACUGGUGGCUUGUUUCUGCACUAUUUUCAUGACUGAUAGAUUUGGAAGGAAACCCAUCUUGGUGACCACGCUUAUGGGAAUGGCUUUAGGAAUGCUUGGAUUGGGCACAUUUUUCCAAUUGAAGUCAGUGGCAGUACCCACAGUGGGAUUCCUCAACUUCUUACCGCUUCUCUCUAUGAUGCUGGUUAUAUUUUGUUUUAAUGCAGGUAUGGGUUCAUUAUGUUGGACAGUCGUAGCAGAAUUAUUUGACGGACCAGCUCGAGCAGUUGGCGCGUCCGUGGCAAUAGGUGUCGCCACUUUCUUCGCCUUCCUAAUUACCAAAUACUUCGUAUAUGUGUCAUUUGCUAUCGGUGUUGCAAAUGUAUACUGGAUUUUUACCUGUAAUUGUGUUAUCACGGCCUUAUUUGUACUGUUUUUUAUACCAGAAACGAAAGGCAAGACAUUUUUGGAAAUACAAGAGGAAUUAGGACGAACAAUUGAGAAGACAGAUCUGAAAUAA